AUUGUUUGAUCUUGGCUCUUCAUUUUAUAUAUUCCUCCAUAGACAGCCAGCAUGGUGACUCUACAAAAAGUGAAAGACCGAAUACAUCAAUCCAAGUGGACUAAAUUAUACAUCUUGGUUGCUUGUCUGCAAGGAUUCACUAUCAUUGCUUUGCAAGCAACCGUUGCUUAUUAUAACACCGCACAAGUGAACAAAGGCCUAGAAUCAGAUGCUUUGGCCAACUAUGAUCUUAGUGAUGAAGAACAGUAUGAAGUCACCCACGCUAUCAGUCGACUCAAAAGAAUCAAAUGGGAAAAUAUCGCUUUUAUCGGAUUCCAAGCAUGACAGUGUACCAAAAUGCCGUAGAAGUAACAGCUUUAUCCAUCAUGAAUAUCGUCUGUGCUAUUCUAGGCGCUCUGGAAGUCGUAGACGGGAAACGAUGGCUCAACAUGUUGAAUACGCUGAAAAUCAAACAUGCAUUGCCUAUCAUCACCACACCUAUACAAACUGCUUAUUACAUUGAAAUUGUACUGUCGAGUUGUUUGACAGCCUUUGCUCUCGCCUUUACCUAUUUAUCGUAUGCCGUCGUCAAAGAAUUUGGCUGGACUAUCUAUAAGAAAAUUGGAGCCGAUCUUUCCAUUCAACGCAUGUAUAGGACAUUUCAAUUCUUUGUAUUGGCGUUAAAGUUUGAUAUUUUCGUUGAAUUCUUAGUAUCCGUUUUUUACUUGAUUCAGUUUGCGUUGAAAAGUGGAUUUGAGUCUUGGGUGACUUUUGUCUUUGUUGUCAUCACUUUGCUCAUUCUUCCUCUCUUGUACUUUGGACGCACUGCUGUAAGUUUGACAUCCGUAAGUCCCGUAGGUAGAUGAUAACCCAUCUUGAUCUCAUGUAGGUCGCAGGCGAAAGUUCUAUCAAAAUGUCCUUGUUCAUCCUCUUUCAGAUUCUUGUAUGUUUUCAACUGAUAUUGAUUGCCGUAGAAGCUACAGACGCAGAAGAUUAUUGUUGUACUAGGCAUGCUCAUAGCAGUGUCUACAGCUGUUCUCGGUUUAUUUUGUAUCGCUCAUUUCGGCAAAGGCUUGAAGCCUU